ACCGUCAACCGAAUAGUGGAGUCAAUUUUGGGUGUGGCUAGGGGCUGGAUCAACCCUUUAUCUACCCGAAGGGUUUUGGUCCAUUGUAUGAAAUCUUCUCGUGCGGAGUUGAGUGAGGGCAACAUACAUAACAAUAGCCUGCAUACCUUGAUUGGCGAGAACAGCAGUAACGCUCGUCAAACACGCUGGAUUUUAAAACGUUUUAGAAAUGAUUUUAGACCUUGGGUAACAAAUUAUCGACAGAUAAUUUAUUAUACGAAUGACAGCGACGACCACGUAUGGAAGAGCAAACUGGCUUAUCAACCUUUUGAGCGGUGUGUUCACUGUCCAAAAUGCUUCCUGCGUUAAACGAGUAUUCCAUGGCGACAGGCCAUAGACAUCCCAUAUCAGGGGAGUGGAACAACAGGGACAGACACCUAUUAGACAGCAGGGAAAUAUAUUGCCAAGACUAUGAUCCAUGGUCCCAUAACGAGAAUGCAAACCAGUGGAACCAGGGACCAUGCAGAACAGCAGACCAUGAAUUCUACAGAGAUGUUCCAGUGAUGUAUCAACCAAACCCUCAGAUGCCAUAUUUUCAUGCAUAUCAACAGGACAUUAGAACUUCCCAAAACUCCUCAUUACAAUGGCACAAUAUCUCUGGACCGUACAAUCAGAGAUUGCCAAACGUUACUGUGCAUCACUCUGGACAGAUGCUCCAUUCAGUUUCGGGAUGGAGCAACCAUUGUUCCAGCCAGAGGAACUGGACCACUCAAGAAACAUGUAAUGCGCAUUUGAAAUCACGAUCAUAUAAAUGGAGAUGGCAUCAUUUUUCAAACAAGCCCCCUAAGGGACAUUUCAGAGGACCUGUCAGAGGACAGUCAAGGACACGUUCUAGAAGUCGGUGUGUUGUUGAUUUAAGCAGUAGCUCCUGUGUAACAGUGAAGAGUAACGUUUCAACUUUGAACAGAAGUUCCCUGAAGAUUCACUCUGUCAACACGGUUCCGUGUGAUAAGACAUCUGGAAAGUUGGCACCGCCUUCGCAGGAGGAUCAGAGUGAUUUGCUGCAGCUGGCUGACAUGGGUUGUCUAAGGAAUAACAAGCCUGACGUGAAGAUACCAAACACUGAAAAAGACCCCGUUUGUCAAGAGCUUUCUCCCAGGACAUCGUCAGUGUGCACUAUGUCCAAACAGAGUGGCUUUUCCAGCCAGUACUUUCCCACAGACACUGGCACACCUGGACAUAGCGUGUCGGUUUCAGCCACAGCACAACCCAGAUGUUCAAUGCCUGUCUGUGCUGUCACUGAUUCGGCCCCCUCCGACACAUUGGACCCCUCCCCUGUGGACCAGGAUGUAUCUGAAAAACAAAUGAUCUCCAUCACCUUGAUGGAAUUAAAGUGGCUUAGACGAAGGAUUGAGACAAUAUUCAGCCAUGGGGAAUAUAACCUAAACCAAGAUUUUGCUGUGGAGAUAAUGGACGUUUUACAACCAGGAAAAAGCACAAAGGGUUGUAGAGACGAGGACUCCCCUCUGUGUGUAGAGAUCCAGUCCAACUCUCGGUGUAUGGUAGUGAAGACAGGCCCUCUUUUCCCUCCACAAGUUGCAGUGGUUACCCCACUUGAACAACAGGUAUCCUAUGAGCAUACAGAAUCAGGGGUUAAAGUUCAUGAAAGUGAACAGUUGUCAGUCGUUGACAAGGAGAGGAGGCAAUCAGAAAGUGGUGUGAAAAGGCAAUUGGCACUUAAAAGCGUGUUGGAGAACAGUGAUUGUUCAUUCAAGGGAAGACCUUUUACUGCAAGUGGACUAGUGCCUGUUGAAGAGACUAUUGUGAGUAAAGAUAGUACUUGUGUUAGGCAGUGGAAUUUAGGUGAAGUCAAGGAGAGAGUUAUGGAUAUUUCCAGUGUUUCUUUCAUUCAAUACACACUAUCCAAACUAAGGAAGAUGAUCGAUGAGUUUGAGAGUUUAAUCACUCCAAAGGAAAACAAAGAAAAUGUAAAAGAUGCUCUAUUGAAUCUUUUUUGGGGUGGGGAUAUUCAAAACUUACUGACGUUUAACAAGCGUGAGCUUGCAAAAGACAUGGUGGAUGCGCUACCCGUUCUAUCGGAAGAUGAGAAUACAGUUAUUCUCCAGGCCGUUAAGGGUGUAGAACUAGAGGAAUUUUUGGAUAGGUAUCCCACCUUCAGACACAAUGAGAACAACACUCCAGAGCACAAGUCCUCAUGGUUGAAUGUCAAUGAGAGUGUAGAUGACAUAGACCAUGAUCCUGGUGUAGCCUGGUUACAGCAUUUUAUACCAAAGGGAUUAGAGGCAGAAACUAUAUUUAUAAAGCAUCAGGUAGAGACUAACACAGUGGCGGAAACAGAAAGAGGGGAGACCGAGAGUGAGAUGCAGACCGACACACCAACAGGGGUAGAGACAGAUCCAAAAGCACAGACAGGAAGAAAAACAGAAAUACUGAAAGAGGCAGAGACUGAUAUGAACAUAGAGAUGGGUGUAGAAAUGCAUGUAGAAAAGGACUCACAGACUGAGGCAGUAACCAAAGUAAAUGGGGCCCGUAAGACAAAGAGAAUAGACCUUCUGCCAGAGUCACUCAUAGCAUCAGAAAAAGACCAUAUUUCACACUCGAUCUGUCCUAUUAAAAUAACUUGCCUUAACACUGAGGUUGCCAAGAAGGUGUUUGACCAGCUCCAAGAGAACUCAACCUGCAAUAUUGACUCAAGUGUGCUCCUCUCUGGAAUCAAUGGAAGAAAUACAACAUCUUCGCUCAAUGAAGAGCAAAUUAUGAACCACAAGGAUACACUGGGUCUUCUGUCAUCUCAAGAAGAACCAGAAUCAUCGGGGACGGGUAAAGAACCUGCAGUCCUGCAGUCCUCCUGCUGCUCAUAUCUCAUUGAGACUCCUGAUGGUUUUGAGUUGGCAUUAAAUACUGAGGGCCUGACAAAGAGUUCCUCAGAGUUCCAAGAUAGAGAACUUCGCAUCAUACCGGUCGCUGAGUACUUCUUGCUAGAUAAUAGUCUAAUUUCUGACCUAGAGGACACUGAGGAUGUUAUCCAGGAGUCAAAGACACAGGAUUUGAAUAGAGAAUGGAUAGAGCCUCUUUCACCCAGUGAAAUCACUGACUCAAAUGAUGGGAUGUCCCUGUCAGACAUCAGUGUGUGCAUUGACCAUGUGGAGAGAGAGGAAAUUGGCAUGAAGCCUCAUGACCAGUCUGAAUCUCAUACGGUACCUCUGAAUUCACAUGAAGUACCCACACAUCCCAUCAGGCCAUGUAAUCUUGUCUUGGGUGUCACCAAUGAACGUGCAGUGGGAGAACCUAAGCCUUUUUCAGAGAUAAAGGGCCAACAGCAGAAGCUCGGCGAGUGCUGUAUGCCAAGUUCUCCUUUCGAAGAGUUUGAGUCCAUCGAUGCAUUGAUAAAUUCAAAAAAACACAUAUUGAGUUCUGAUUCAGGACAUGUAGUAUCUGCUCCAUGCCAUGGUAAAGCAGAGUCCCGCAAGGAACGAAGGCUAAAGAGACCAAAGGUCUCAUGGAGAAGGAGACUGCUGUCAGAAUCUGAGUCUGAGAUGGAAGGCAGUUUGCUCAUGGACAACGUUAUUUGUGUUCCCCAGAAGAAAGUACUGUCCAGUUUGACAGUGACUGAUGACAGCUCUGUCAUUCCGAAGAGGAGGAGACAUCCAACUAAAUGGAAUAGGGACAAUAUCAACAGGAAGAAGUGGCUACGUUCUUCUGAUUCUGAUUCUGAGGACAAUCCAUGCAAUGUGAAACAUGUUUCUCAGAAGAGGAUGCAUUCAAUUUCAACUGGCGUAGAAGAUGCAUCAAAUGAUUCCAUAACAUCACACAAUACAACCCAUUCUCAGUCUGAGACAGAACCCUCUGAAUGUGAAGAUACAAGGAUAAAUAUACCUCAGCUAGGGAGAUACUCUUUUGAAUCAAAUUCUAACCAUCAGUUUGAGUACUGUAAACCAAGUAUAUAUUCCGAUGUGACAGAAGAAAGCUCAGAUGGUUCCACAGUGUCAGUGAUUCACAGUAAAAAAGCAAAGACGUCAAGACUGACAUUUGAAUGUCGGAAACUAACCCCAACUGAGGACAGUAAAAAUGAUUCAACAGUGUUGCAGCACCACCCUGUGUACAAAGAUUUGCAACAUAGCUGUGAAGGCCCACACAUUUUUCCUGGGGUCCAGUGCCUCCUUGUGGGGGACUGGUCAACCUCCACUGCUCCUCUGGAACACAAAAGAAAAUCACAGGAGCCAAAACUCCAUAAGGGCCAGACCUCAAGAGAGAAGAAAACGAACAGGUCUCUCAUUCAAAAGACUGAGGAAUCCCCCAAAAUGCCAAAGACAAAUUUGAAGACAAAAUCCACAAAGCUUGAACUAUACAGUCUUCCCAUCCUUAAACACAAGCCUUAUAGUGAACAAACAAAGACAAAUAAGAGUGAUAAGACAAAGUUCUCUAACUUUAAAUCCAAUUCUGAAUCUCCUGUUCAGAAGAACUGUAAACGGAGAGAUGAGAGGACGUAUGAGCAGAUGUCCUCUUACCCCUAUUCAUCUAAGCAGAAAAAAGAGUGUAUGACAAAGGGAAAGAAUGGCAAAAAAAAAAAAAACUCACUACAGAAAAUCAAACAUUUCCCAACAGCUCAAUCCAAUUACUUAAAGCAAAAGAUACAGCUCCACUGGGACAAACAAAUGCAAUUUGUGUCGCUCACAAAGCAAAGUCUUGACAUCCCCUGUUCUCCUGCAGAGGAGAAGGAACGGAAGAAAGAAGAGAGGGAGGAUAUGAGCGCUAAGCAGAAGUCCUCUGGCCAUAUAUUUCCUAUGAAGAAGAAAGAGAGGGUAGAUAAGAGAGAAGAGCAUCAGGAUACAAAGGAAGAUAAGAAAACAACAUGUGAGCCUCACAAAGACCAACAUAAGACCGUACAAACUCAAAGUAGGUAUUAUGUACCAAAAGUACAGGGCUCCAGCAGUCAGAGGAGUCCCAGAACAGCAAUGGUAGCUGCCCCCACACCCAAGAGCCCCGAAGAGCAGAUGGGCUCAGUGAAGAAGCAGUUGCAUUCUAAUUGGGAGAGCAGCUUCUAUAUAACUCCAUUCAGGAAGCGAAGGCGAUCAGGAUUCAGUGAAGAAGACCCCUGCCCUCGGCCUAGUCCAGAGAAGAAUAGCUUAAGCCUAAAUCAACAGGCGAGGGAGGAAGCAACUGUCAAAAAAGAACAGCAGAGAAAAUUAGAAAUGGUGAGGAGACAAGGACCAAUCCCAUGUGACAAAGGACAGAAACCAAGGCGCAAUUCCCAGGAGCAUGUCACCCCACUGAUGAAGAAGAGUAUACUGCAGGCUAAGUCAUGGACGAACGCCAUCCACCACAAAACGCCGAAAGACACCCGAUGCAGUAGACAUGGCACUCACGAGGCAGACAAACUGCCGUGCAGCACCAUAGAAGGGUGUUACAAGUGGGCUGAGAAGCAGAAUAGAAGGUCAAGGGAUGGAAAAAAAGUAAUAUGAGGCCCCUACAAAAAUUGGCUCACACAACCUCAUCAGUUGAAUUGACAAAAACCUUAAAGCACCGAAGGCAAGACGACUAAAGUGCGGAACUCAAACUAUACCAAUGAGUAGUGUUGUGGCUAAAUUGAUUUAUAAAUUCAAAUUAAUCCCAUAGGUAGUAAUUCAAAAUGUGUAAAACGGUCUCCUUUAAACAACAGUUUAGUUGAACAUGAAGGGAAGUCAGAGACUAGAAAGUAUUAUUAUGAUCUAUUCUCCCAAGAAUAGACAAUUGUCAGGUUCUCCUUUUUGCUCUCUCUAUAAGGGAGGGGGAAGGAAGUCAUAAUAAUACCUCCAAUUAAGGAACUGGAGACCCACAGAAGGUAAGCAAGGAAAGGUCACAUGAGAUCUAGUCCUGGAAUAGAUUUGUUUAUCAGAAUGGAGAAAAUGAAAGGGUGGUUAAGAUCAGAUGUAUAAAUAAUCCCAUAUGAAAUGAUAGGGGCUUCUUUGACUUAUGCUUGCUUUUGAUUGCUUUGCUUCGCCUCAAUUGUAACUCCCUUCAAGCUUAAAUACAAACUGUUAUAUUUUGUUCAAAAGAGCGUUCGCUUUUCCUUAAGACCUUCUGAAACUAGAAACAACAGUAGCUACAGCAGGUAGGAUUAUGAUGGAGAAAUGACCUCUAACCUAAUCUUAAGUAUAUAUUAUGUCUUAACAAAGACAUAUACAGUUUUCUCGAAGACUUUUUUAGAUGUUGACACUUGCAUUAUCUUACUAAAUAUUUUUUUAUAUUUAUAUUUGAUUGUCUGAUUCUGUAUUGAUGUUUUUGUUUAUAUUACAUUUGAGAUCAUCUUUUUUUGUUUAUGGUGCCAUGGUGAUGUCAUAAUUUAUGACAUGGCAUGUCUAUAAUCUUUUGAGGAACUUUAACAAGGGUUGUUGAUGUUUCUAUGACAAGUAUUUCUUCUUCGCUGUAAAUUACACUUGGACCUUUGGGCACACCAUAUUAGUGUUCCCCACUUGCAGUCCCUUGUCUUAAAGAUGUCUUAAAGUUGGACACGACUGUGAUAUGACUCGGAAUGUUAAAUGUUUAGAUUUUGCUGAAGGCCGACAUGACAUGAUAGCCUAAAAUACUGGAAAACAAACCAUGCUGCCAUCCUUUACAUUUCACAGGAGAGCAGCUGUUGAUAUUGCGUGAAUGUUUUGUAUGUUUUGAUUUUGUAAAAAUGUAAGUGACCUGCAGUCACAGUUUUACUAAUAAAUGACGAAUGCAUA